CUGGAGGUUGGAGCGGGAGUGAAACCAAACUUUGACUUUUGGACAAUUCUCCAGAAGGGGGUGGGAACACACCUUGCCCAGGACUCUUCAGGAAUCCCAUUGACAGGUGUGGACGUGGGCGAAAUUAAACUGGGCCACUGCAACUCAACUUCCCGCUCUCGACCCACAGCAGCCGGGCCCGCAGAGUUAACCCUUUGUGCUCCCAGACUCCCGAGCUGCGGGCCACGAUCCCUCCCCGGCACCGCGCCGGCGCCCCCGGCUCCCUGACUGGGCAUGCUCAGUCGCCGCCCGCGUCGCGCUCCCCGGGAAACCUCUGCACGCCCUCGCCGCCAGCUCGCCGCCCGCCGCCCAGGGAACAUCCCGGCUUGCUCCGCUCCACGCGACCCAGAUUCCCGCCCCGCCUCCGGCCCUCCCGCGCCCGCAGCCGGUGCGGCAGCCCGGGCUGCCUCUGUCCAGCCUUGGCGCCAGGGACGACCGCGGCGACCGCCUUCGGGAAGCGCGCGGCCGGUGCGCCCGGGCCAGGCGGAGAUGGAGACCGCAGGGGCGCGCGCCGGGAGCCGCUGAGCCUGCUGCGGCCGCCGGGGUCCAGCUUAUACUUACUUUGACAAAGGCAAAUUAGGAAGUAACUACUUCAGCACGGUUUGUGUAGCAUCUGGACUAUCAGCUCAGGCACCAUGAAGCACUUCCUGCGAGUUCUAUUGGAAGGGUGCUGUCUUUUGUUUUUCACAGAAUGUUGAUCCAGGUGUGCCUGUAUUUUUACUGUAAAUUUUUGUGGCGCUGCCUGAAAUUUGUAAUGAGGAAGCUGACUGGAAGAUGUGAACUGCAGCGGAUCUGUUACAGCACCAAACCUGGAGCUUCCAGAACCAUGAAAAUUGAAACAUCACUGAGGGAUUCAAAAAGUAAGCUGUUGCAGACAUCAGUGAGUGUUCACCCUGAUGCUAUUGAAAAAACUAUAGAAGACAUCAUGGAACUGAAAAAAAUUAACCCUGACAUAAAUCCACAGCUGGGAAUCUCGCUUCAGGCUUGCCUUCUGCAAAUCGUUGGGUACAGAAACCUCAUUGCAGAUGUGGAAAAACUGCGCAGAGAGCCCUAUGAUUCUGAUAAUCCCCAACAUGAAGAACUACUUUUGAAGUUAUGGAAAUUCUUGAAGCCCAAUACUCCAUUGGAAUCUCGGAUUUCUAAGCAGUGGUGUGAAAUUGGUUUCCAAGGUGAUGAUCCUAAAACCGAUUUUCGAGGAAUGGGACUUCUGGGCCUGUAUAAUUUGCAGUAUUUUGCAGAACGGGAUGCAGCAGCAGCUCAGCAGGUCCUCUCUGACUCUCUCCAUCCAAAAUGCAGGGAUAUCACUAAAGAGGAAAUAAGCAAAUUCAGCAAAGCAGAAUGGGAGAAGAAAAGGAUGGAUAAAGCAAUUGGGUACUCAUUUGCAAUCGUGGGCAUCAACAUAACAGACCUGGCGUACAAUCUACUGAUCAGUGGAGCUCUGAAAACCCAUUUCUAUAACAUUGCCCCAGAGGCUCCAACAUUGUCUCACUUCCAACAAACAUUCUGCUAUUUGAUGCACGAGUUUCAUAAAUUUUGGAUUGAAGAGGACCCCAUGGACAUAAUGGAAUUCAAUCGUGUGCGGGAGAAAUUCCGCAAGAGGAUCGUAAAACAGCUGCAAAACCCAGACAUGGCACUCUGCCCACAUUUUGCUGCCUCGGAAGGUUUAAUCAACAUGUAGUCGCCCACGCUGGUUUGAAUGGAUUCCCUGGAACACUGCCUCAUUGUCGUGUUAGGUCUCUGCCUAGGUCACAGCUCACACACUGAAUGCACACAGUGAUUAUAUGCAUGCCUUUUGGUACAGUAUUUUCAUCUCUUGGUCAUAAUUCCAAGAUCCCCAGAUACUACUGUUUCUGGAGUAUCCACCCUCCAGUGACUGCUCAUAUUGUGGCAUUAUGCAGUGUUACAUCUUGCCUUGACACCCAGGUAUGGAGAGAGUUUUCUAUUUUUUUAGAUUGUUUUCCUCUCCCUCAUAAUUCAGCAAUUCACAAUUGUUAUUUCUCUAGCUGUAUUUUGUAUGUAAUUCAUUUAGCUGAAUCUUGUUCUGUGAAAGCCUUUUAAUUUAUUGAUAAUGUUUCAUGACUAUUGCUGCUAGCUUUUCAAGCCAGGUUCAUGCUUGGACCUCAUUCUGAUAAAAUAUAAGUCUUUAAAAUAAUACAGACAGAUACAUGAUAAACCAAACUGUUAAUGCAAACAGCCACGCUUCUCAAAAAUGUAAUGAGGCUUAGGAGAAGUAACUUUAGGUAGGAGCUGUUUUUGUUUGGAGUGACGCUGAAUUAUAUUGUAACUUACCCCCAGUUGCAAUUGUGUCAGUCAUCUAGAUAUCACAUUAUUUUAUUCCCGUAACUUCAUGGGUGUGGAUGCCUGUUUAUGUUUAGGAUGCCUAGAGCCUCAGACGUGAAGUCAGCAUAUAUCAAAAGUUGCAAAAGGUUUUUCACCACCUGCCUCUUGCUGAACUCUGAAUUACCCCUCUCAGCGCAGUUCAAAUCCAGGUUUUUUGCUUGGGGAACUGAGUGCUGACUGGCUUGUUUUCCAUGUGAAGGGGCAAUGUUAAGAACAAUCUGCAAGAAUAUGUGUCACAAGAGAGAAACCUAAGCUAUGUCACUCUAAUACUUCUUGAGAAUAACGAUCUUGUCUUGCAUCAGUGGAAGAAGUAAAUUGCUUGGAAGAAGAAAAGACAAAUCAUACUGACACUAUUUAAAUCAUCUUAAAAGAUCGUGAUUUAGUUUGGAAUUAUGAUUGUAGUCUGUUGAAUAGUAUUUACCAUGGCAUUUCAUACCCAUGGUAUUUUAUACUUUCUGACUAUCAAUUUUAGUAUAUAUUAGAUGUUUGUGGAAUCACUUGCUUACUGAAAUGAAUUUUGAGUACUGCCUAACUGUCGGUUAUAUGAAUAAAUAACAUGUCAUUCUACUGUAA